GUUAGGAACGAAAUCGAUGCUGUUAUGCAAAAGCAUGAAGGGAAAAUUACUAUGAAAUCAUUGCAACAGUUGUCAUAUUUGGAGAGAUGUAUAAAGGAAGGAAUGCGCUUGUAUCCCGUCGCAUCUUUAAUAGCACGCGAUACUGCAGAAGACGUAAAAUUACAGUCAUAUGUAGUACCUGCUGGAACAACGGUGCAACUUUUUAUUUACGGA